UACGUUUAGAAGGGUUUUCCCGUUUCCGCGAGUUUGCGUGGAGAUAAAUGGACCCGAUUUUGUUCAUUGGAGACAAAAAAGGAGGGGCUGGGAGAUGUAUUGGAAGGUGGGCGAUCGUGAAUUUGUAUUUCGAGUUCUUCCAUAAUACAACUGACAAGGAUACUUGAACCGAUCUGGAAUUAAACCCUGAAUUGAUUUGGUUUGGAAAGCUUAGGCCUUAGUGAUCAACAUGGCUACGCUAAUAUACUGUACGAAGAGUGGGGUUUGGUUAAUAAGAACCAAAAUAAAGGGCAUGAAAUUGCAUUCUCACCCAUAUGAUAGAAGAAAAAGAGUUUUAAAAAGUGUUGCACAAUUUCUGUGCAAGUCGACCCAACGAGGUUGGGAGCAGGUGAGUGAGAAAAAAAGUGCAACUCUGGAGCUUAUAUCAAAGCAACUAAAACAGAUAAAAAGGGAAUGGCACCACGUCAGACACUAAAAGGAAGGAGUUGGUGCGAAAAAGCUAUAUAUGAGGCUAUGAGCAACAGCACGAAGAAUGAGGUGGCCCGAAGAGUUAGGACUCUCCUCUCAACCCCAAACAUUUGUCUCCCAACGGUGAUACGACUUCCAUAAUCAAAACAAAACUAAAUAAGCAACCACCUAUUAUUUCGCUUCCUUCUUCUUUUACUUAGUCUCUUCCUCACCCAGCAAAAUCCGGUCUUAUUAGACCUGUUCAGAUCAUAUUGCUACCCAUUUCAGUUCCAACAGCCCCAUCCCCUCCAACCCCUCUCUCUCUCUCUCUCUCUCUCUCUCUUCUUCCACGUUCUUCCUUAUAUUAUCACCAUAUCAUAUCUCUCUGACUCCUUAAUUGUUAUACCAUUUAUUGUUGUCACCCUUAUUUUUAUCUAUCAUCUAUCAUGACCGUCAUCUUCUUCCUUAGAACUUUGCUUCUAAGAUUCCUACUAGCAACACCAUAAGGUGUUGGGAAUUAUGACCCUUAAGGGUGGCACAAGCCAGGCUUGCGCUGCAUGCAAGUAUCAAAGGAGAAGGUGCUCGGCUGAGUGCCCUCUUGCUCCUUACUUCCCUCCUGAACAGCCGAAGCUAUUCCAAAAUGCUCACAAGUUAUUUGGUGUCCGCAACAUGCUGAAGAUACUAGAGAAUUUGGAACCUAGUCAGAAAAAUGAGGCAAUGAGGUCUAUCAUCUGCCAAGCCAAUAUCCGAGACAAGUCUCCAGUGUACGGCUGUUGGGGGAUAACGAGGCAACUACAGUACCAAGUGCUUCUGGCAGAGGAGGAGCUUCAAGCUGUUAAUGCACAGCUUGAGAUGUACCGGCAACAACAUCAGCAGCAGCAGCAGAUUUCUUCUGUGCCCAGUGAUAUGACAUCGCAGUUAGAAUUAGGCAUGGCGCCCCCCAGCAAUGCCCUUUCACUUUUCAACCAUACCCCACAGCCUUACAAUGUCGUCCCUGCUUUGCCUGUAACACAACAACAGCAAUGUUACUCUAAUAGCAGCAAAGCUGGUUAUAACUCCUCUGCUUUCAUGGAUACCAAGGAUAAUGCUGCAAACCCGUUUUGGGUUCAACAUUCUUUUGCCAAUAACAAUAACAAUUCAAUGGCAACAUUUCAGUCUCAGUUGGCUGCCUCCCAACCACUCGCUAUCCAACAAGUAGUUCAAGACUAUGAUGAGAUGCAUCCUUUCUUUGAUACCAUUGAUGACAGACAAUCAUACAUUGAUUCCAAAGAGGCUUAUGAAUCAAGCUCGGAAGAAUCCUUGAAAGAUACAAACCAGUCAAUUGAGCACGUUGCAGAGAAUGAAUUGAAGAGUGCUGCUGCAUGCUUCAGUCUGACCAGCGUCAACUGAUCAAAUGAGCCCAAGAAUAGUAGCUUGUUUCCCAUUCUUUAUUCUUUUCCCCCAAAGUUGGUGCAUAGAAUAAGUUCCACAAUUUUGAGAUUCUUUCUUUUUACUUAAUGUCACCUAUUCUUUGAACAGCUCAUAGUCGAUUUUCUAAUCAAUAUUUGAGAUAUUCCAUGUUUCUAACUA